GAGAUAAAAGUUUUUAGAUAAUAAAUAGUAUAUAAUAUUCGUCGCCAGAGGUCACGACCGUUUAAUUUAGGAAGUCGCGAGCAAUGGAAUUGAAGUUGUUCGAGGGAAGAUUAAAGAAGAAGGAACUGAUGCUAGGUGUCGUUGCAUUCGUGCACGAUCUACAAAUGGCGUAUCUGCAGAAGAAAACUCGGUAACUCGUGUUAAUGUUUGAAAAAGCUGUAGAUUUAACUAGUGUCCAUAGUCAUUCGACGUAUACGCCAUGAUAUAUAUCGAAUUCUAUUAAUGCCGUAUAAACAUUAUAGCGUCGAAAAUCGUGUGAUAGGCGAUUAAAUAUCAGUAAUAUCGUUAUUUCAGUUAUGUCUUACUUUUAAUUGAGAUAUCAACAAAAUAUAUCGAGCACGACAAAAUAUAAGUUUUCUUCUUGGCUGUCGACACAACGACGACGACGACGAUAACGACGACAACGACGACGACGACGACGAGGUCGACGUCAAAGACGAAGACGACGAAGACGACGACGACGACGACGACGAUCUGACGCAUAGGGACGCGCGCGCGCGCGCGUGUACGUGACGAUUAUACACAUACAUGUACUCAUUCGUACCAUCCAUUUUUGUAAAAAGGAACGACGUUAGAGUAGUAACGAAAGAAACUUAUGUCACACAACAUAGAUCGCGGUGGUAAUACGUAGGUUAAGGUGAUAGAGUAUCGUUUUUUUUUUUUCAGUUUCGUUGUAUAUAUCAAUGGUCAUAAUAAACUAUUCUUGUUCGUAGUAGCGUAUACGGAAACUAUUCGGCAUUGCAUACAUCGAGAAAUGGCAGAAAUAUGACGAGCAAAGCGAUAACGUGAAAAAACCGAUUACAUUUGGCGUGAUAUCUGCCGAACAUGAAUAUCGGUUAAAGCGAGAUAUAUAUUUAUUGUAUCGUUUGGAAAUUUGUUACCAUCGAAGAUCCCUCGUUGCCUACAUUUUCUUAAAGAAUUCAACGUGUACGGAAGCAGACAUCUCGAAUAUAAUGAAUGGUAAAUUAAAAAUAAAUGCAAGAAACAUGGAUGAGUAUGAUAAAAAAUUUGCAGAGAUGCAAAAGUACAUUCCAUUUUUAGAAGCUAUGAUCGAGAGGUUACAAAAUGUUAAGGACAAAUCAAGAGAAAUUCAGUUACAAAAGAUGCAAAGUCUGCAUGGAAUCUUAUCUAAUAGUAAACGGAAGUUAAAGAUCGAAACAUUACAAAGAUGUGAAGAUGUUUUACAAAAAUUGCACAAUAAAGUAGAAAAGGGAAAUGCUCCAGGAUUACAUGUGCCGAACAAAAAAAUUGGAAAAAUCGAUUCGCAGUCUAAAGCUUCACUGGACGAUACUGAAAAUCGUAACAAGAACAGAGAAUCGCCUGAUAUCGAAGUAAUAACGAUACAAACAAUGGAAGAAACUCCGGCCAGUCCGAGUCCCCCAGUUAGUCCUGAAACGGUACCUCAAAUGGCGCCUAUAAUUAUCCCUACCGAAAGAAGCAUUGACCCAAUAUUGGAAAUUUGCGAUAAGCAUAUCAAUUUGAACGAAAUGGAGAUAUCUCACAGUAUUAAGCCAAUCGUUAUACCGACUGAACGUAAUUGUGAUGUAGAUAGACAGUCACCGAAUUCAAAAACUGGCACGAUUAAUAACGAAGAUACCGAUGAACUCACAUGUUCCGAAUGGGAUAUGUUAGAAGAAUCCGAAAUACAGAAUACAAAAUUUACUAGAGGUUCUUGGAAUCCUGUGGCUUCUAAUAACGAUGUUUCCAAUGCAGCUAAACUAAUGAGCAAUAGUUUAUCACAGAAAACGACCGAUGCGCAAACGACAACAAAAUCUCGACACAUAGUCACCGUUCCAGUACCUUCCUUAGGAGGUUCCAGGAGGCUAUCGUCGGUUUUAGAAAAAAAUAUGUUACCUGGAUUAAAUCUAGAUACAGCCAAUACAAAUAUUAAAUCAGAAUCGCCUGUGAACGUUCCAGAAGUUUUACUUAAAUCACCCGACUCUGACAUUUUGUUCUCUAAAUCUAAAAGUAUUUCACCAAGGGCAAAGGAUGGAUUUUCUACAUCAAAAUCGAGUUCAAAACCGGCAAUGCUAGUUUCACCUCCGCCUGUUUCGACCGAACCACCGCUUUCUAUUGAAGAUUUAGCCGAGUUACUAAACGAAGAAGAAGAAACAGACGGCGAUAAGAAAGACGAGCAAUUACAAGAUAAUUCAGAUUUGAAAAAGAUAGGGUUGGAAAAGCCAAAAGAAGAUAUCCUAAUAAAGAAGGAUAACAAUAAAAAGGUAUCAGCCAAUACUGAUUCAGGUACGUCGAAACAACUUUCUCAAGACGAAAUUGAUCGGGAAAGCGAUAGACGUUGGGAAGAAGUAGACAAACAUAUAGUUAAAUUUACAACGAGAAAAUGUUUACCAAACGUAGUUCAGACAUCGUCGAAUGCAAAACCGGAAACAUUAAAGUCUAACGAAAUAAAGGGUCCACCACCACUGCUUCAACAUAAUUUUCCUUCAAAUAUUGAUAAGUCGCAUGAUCAUAGGCACCGAUCAUCUUCGCCGCCUUUUAAACUAGAAUCACAUUAUGUUGAGAACUAUGAAAGACAUCCGCGUCAAUUGCGUGAUAACAUCAAUGAUAAAAUUCUAAAUGUGCAUUCUCGUUUGAUUCACGAUGAGGAUGUGCACGUUUUGCAUGGUGGUCCUGUUAUGCAAGAGGACAGAAAUACUAUGCUUUAUCAAAGACGUGCACAAACUCCUAAUGUAGGAGAUGCUCCUAGAAUAGAUCAUUCAGUCCAACAAGAACAUUUUAAUAGACAAUCCGUGAAUCAGCCUUUAUGGCCGCCUCCUCAUCCUCCCUCAAAUCCAAAUGAUUUCUGUAAUCCUCAGUGGACUUCUCCUAAUAAUUAUAAUGGAAUAGGGAAUAACUCAAUGCAAGCUAUGCCUAUACCUAAUUCUAUGUAUCCGCACCCAAUGGGAAUACACCAAGAUAUGUGGAACUCUGGAGUUCCAAAUUCUGCUCCUAUAGAUCCGCACCCGAUUAACGAUUCGCCGAUCAGACCGAAUCAUUUUAACGCGAACAUUAUGCCGAUAAUUAGACCAUUGUUAAGUACUCCACUUUCACGACCUCAAGAAAUUGUUCACGAUGAUCCACCUUCUAUAAAUCCAUUGAUAAUACCGCCUUUAAUGUCUCCUACAAGUUUCCCUCCUCAGUAUAGAGGCUUUCAUGAUGUUCCUUUUGAUAGACCCAUUGAUUAUCCGAUUCCAAGGCAAUCGUGGGAUCAACCAAUAAAUAGGCCGAAUGAACCUCCUUAUCGAAAUGAUCCUGAAAUGAAUUGUACAGACGGAAUGAUGGGAAUGCCUGGUUCGUAUACAAGACCUAGCACACCUUGUCCCUGGAACAGAGACAGAGAUCGAUGUAAUCGGGGUAGAGGUAGAGAUGGAUAUUACAAUGAUAGAUGUAGAGGAGAAGUAAGAAACAAUUUUAAUCGCGAUGUUCGGCCUAGACCUGAACGACUCAGAGACGUUCAUAACGACUGGGACAAUUGUAAUCGAUUUAAUAGAGACAAUCGAGUUUCAGUUUCGGAUAGAGAUCCACGCCUGAUGCGAACAGAUCACUCUCUGAACACUACAUCGUCUCUAAACUCGAAUCAUAACCGAGAAAGUAGUAGUAGUAGUAGCACGAACAGAGAUCCACGUCUGACCAAGGAUAAGCAUUUGAAUGUAAAUAAAUUUAAAGAUAAUACAUAUCAAGAAAGAGAUCCUAGAAAACGUUCGAUACCGUCUUUGAUUACGGUACCCACGACACUACGAAAAAUCAAGCCAAAAUCAAAGUCGAAAAAAACUGAAGCGCAUAAACGUGAUUCAGAUAAUAGUAGCAAACAAAUGAGCGACAAGAUAUCCAAAGAUAAAAUGCAGUCACCACUCGAGAGUUUAUAUGGUGUCAUAGACACAAAGGGUAAAAGUACUCACUCUUAUGGAUUGCAAAAAUUCAAAAUACCAAAGAUCAAACGAUCAGAACAGUCGACGACUUCGAAUAAUCCUUCAAACGAAGAGAAGAAAUCUGAUAGCGAUAAAAAUAGCACUGAAAAAGACGAUACGUCUGCAGAAGUUACAAGCAGUAGCGACGUGUCAAACGUGAAAGAAAAUUGGGACGUAGAUGAUGUAAUUUCUGAGACAGUAGCUUUAAAGAACGAGGAUGUUUUACCGAUAGAAACAACGAAUAUAGAGAGGGAUGCUUCAUCCCCGACAACGUCAACCGUUGACGGAAGUGAAUCGAAAUUUGAAGAGCCUGAUUCAAUAACGAAUACAUCUGCCAGUACUUCCGAGAUUGUAGAGAAUGAUACGAGAUUGAAGAAAGAUGAUACAGAAAUAGAUGGACUUAAAUUAAAGGAUGAAGUUACUCAAGAAUGGAUCGAAGGUUUAAUUAGGAAAUCUUUAGAAUUUGGACAGGGAAAGAAAUUAUUUGAACAAGCUAAAUUAAUACAAAAAUUAGGCGAAGCGUUAGAAGCAAAAAAAUUGAAAAAAAUUAAAAAGAUUAUCGAAUCUGAAUCUGAAAGUAGUAAUUCGGAUAAAGAGGAAGAUCUUGAAGCAAAAAAGAUGCAAGUUAAGAAAAAGCGACGUGUUAUCGUUUCUUCUGAUAGUUCUGAUGAAGACUGCUUAGCAGAAAGAUUGGAUAUAUUGACUAAUUUGUCAAAAGAAAAAGAGAAGAAAAAAGAAGUUGAAAAAAAUAAGAAUAAAGGAGUUGAGAAAGAUGAGAAUAAAGAAGUUGAAAAAGAUAAUAAUACUAAUAGUGUUGACAAUUGCAUUUCUAUUGAAAAGGAUCAGAAAGAUGUAUGUACUGACUCUAAGGAACUGAUAAACAUCAUUGACAAACCUGAUAAUGAUAAGUUAGAAAAUUCCUGCAUUGUUUUGGAAAACUCUGAAACAACUGAAGUUUCGGAAUUUAACGAUAAUACGAACAAGAUCUCAGAAAACAGCAAUGAUAACAACGAAAUUGAAGACAAAAAGUUUGAUCUAGAACAGACACAAAAAUGCACUGAAGCAUUAAAUGCGAUUGAACAAUAUACGCCAAUUGAGGAUACUUCAAUAAGCAAUGAAAAAACUGAAGACAAAGAAAGUGGUUUAAAAAUGCCUAAACCAAAAACAAAAAGGAGAAAUUCUUUAGAAAUGUUACAGGAAGAUAUUCGAGAAAUGUUUAUUAGCGAAGGUGUAGUAACUGCUACAGGGCAUCGUAUGUGCCGAGUUUUGAAAGAAAAUCAAACAAAUACUCCUACAAUUACAUCUGCGAGUAAUUCGAGUUCAGUAUCGAAAAAAUCAGAAUCAUGCAAAUUAUCGGAUAAACAGAAUGUGACGAUUGAGGGUGAAGAACAAAUGUUGAAUAUCUCUAAAACGAAGAAAUUGUCUAGAAUUCGAAAUAACGAGAAGUCGGGAAAAACUAAAUGCAAGAAUAAAAAAGAAGUACAACGGGUCACACGACAACGUUUGAAAGAGCGAACUUUCAGUUCUGAUAGUGAGGAAGAUCAACCUUUAUCCUUGCGAACGAUUAAUCGAGAAUCGAGUAGUAACAAAAAUCUUGAUGUUUCUAAGGAAGAGGAUGAGAAAUCUCAAGAUAUCGAAAUUUUGCGUAGAAGUAAACGUGUACUUAGUAAAGAAAUUUCGAAAGAGGCACGAGUUCUCAUCGAAAAGACGGAUAUUUCAAAAAUAGAUUCUGCGAAAGCGAUGUUUGAUAGCUCUUCGGACGAAAGCUCUGGUGCAGAUGAGGCAGUAUAUUCACUUAAUACAGAAAAACAAUCAAGUCAUCAAGAUAGCUCAUCACAGGUAGUAUCAUCUAAAAAUAAACCAAAUAUUCAGAAUCUUUCUAAGAAAGGUUUAAAAAGAAAACGUCCAAUGCUUCUCAAUAUUGAUAAGAUUGAAGACGUUGUAUCUGUCACAGAUGAGGAAAGUAUUGUUUCAGACAUAUCUAUGUCGAGUAGUAUAGCUUCUGCGAAGAAAGUUAAUAAUAACAUUGAUAAAUCGAAUAACAGUGAAGAAUCAUUAAAUGAUACCGUGGUAGGAUUGGUACCAUCUAAAGAGAACAAAGACAUUUCUCAAAUAGAAAAGGGAAGUGAUGCUGAUGUUGAUGAAGAUGUCAAUGAUUCGGUACAUAUUGAGCAAGGUCAAAAGAAGAUUUCAGUUAAGAAAAAGAAAAAGAAAUUUAACUGGCAGAUGGGUAUUUUAUCAAAAAAGAAAAGGAAAAAGACUUCAACUUCAGUGCAGGUAGAAUCUGAUCGAAUUAUUCCUGAAAGUCAAGAUACUUCAGAGAAAAUAAGCAUUCAAAAAGAUGAUGAUGUAAAAGAAAAGCCAGAAAAUCCAAUAGAAAACAUUCCAGAAAAAGAAGAUAUAAAAGAUGAUAUAAAAGAAGAUAUAAAAGAAGAUAUAAAAGAACCUGUCUCACUCUCUGUAAACAAUGAAAACAAUGAUGUCAGUAAUAAUGUCGUAAAUAGCGAAGAAGAUGAUGAGCAAAAAGAUAGUGAAGAAAAGAAAGAAGAAAUAAAUUGCACAGAUACGUGUGAUGUACCUGCAGCGUCAUCAAUGAAAAAUACUGUACUCCAAACGGAAAACGAAGAGAUUUCACCUAUAAAUGAAAAUAAAAUAUCUACAAACGAAGAUGUAUCUUUAGUAUCAAAAGAUUCUGUAUCCGAUGAAUACGAACAACCUGUUAAUUUAAACGUACAACAAUUAAUUGAAUAUGCUUGGAUAGGUUUAGAAAAAUAUAAGUGCUUACUUUGUCCCUUUAAUGGUAAAAGUAUUGUUCAUCAUUAUAAAACGAAUCAUCCUGACGAAGAAGUUUUAAUAUCUAGAUUUCAACCCAAAGAAGCUCAAGCGGCAAUAGAAGACUCUAAGAAUAAUAAUUACGAAGAGACAUCUACAAUAUUUUCAGAGAAAAAGUCUUAUUUAUUUAAUUGCAGAAUUUGUUAUUUUUCUACUGAAGGAGCAAAAGAUGCUGUUAUAGAAGCAUUUUAUGAACAUUGUACAACACACACUGGUGAAUAUCGAUUUCGAUGUAAGAGUUGUCCUUAUCAAACUAUUACUAAAACAUCUAUGCGUGCUCAUUAUUAUAAAAUUUGUCGCAAAUAUAAUAAUUUAUUUACUGAAAUUAUAAUUGAAGAUUCAAUACCAAAAGAGAAUGGUGUAUACGGAUAUUUGUGCUCAGUAUGCAAUUAUGUACAAUUAAAACGAAUCAAUUUACAGACACACGUUACAAUUUGGCAUCACGAUGUAAUGGAUGUAGAUAUUAUAAAAAUAAAUAUGUCUACUGAUGCAACUGAUAUAACAAGUCCAGUUCCAAUAACUAGUGAAAUAACUAGUGAAAGGUUAGAAUUAAAGCUUGAAAACUGUGAAACUUCUCAAUCAGGAGAGCAACAAAUAAAUGAUGGACAAAAGAAUGAUGCACAUGUGGUUUCUAAUAACUCUGUAAAUAACAUUACAGAAACACAAGUUAUUUCUGAAAAGAAAGAUCAAGAGGUUUCUAAGAAUAAGGAAACAGAAUGUAUAACUGAUAAAGAUUCGUCAAAUGUUCCAUCCAACUCUAAAGAAGUAUUGAUAUUGCCUGAAAAGGAAUCAGCAGAACUAACAGUACCAAUUACUAUUUGUGACAAAUUAAGUGUAUUUGUAUGUCCACCUGAAUUAGAGCACAAAGAAGUAGAGAUUCAAUUAGAACGAAGAAAGAAAAUGCAAGAGAUUGUUGAAAACUUUGGGAUUAAAGUACAUAAAGAUGUUUCUGAAAAAAAAUCUAUUAUCGAUACUCUCAAAGAUAAAAUGAAAACAAAUGUGCAUAAAGAAGAUUGUCAGAAUAAAGAUCUUGUGUUAAUUAAUAAUGUAUCUGAACCAUGUGCUUCAAACAACUCUUUAUCUUCUAUAAGCACAACACCAUCUCCAAGUAAUACAAAGACAACAGAAUCAUGUAUAUCAGAUGGUAAAACAACAAGUAAGGAAGAUAUAUCAAAAUCUGAUGAAUUGAAGAAAACGAAAGAGCAAAAUAAUAUCAAUACAGCUCAAAAUAAUUUAAAUCUUAGUUCUGAAAAAGCAGAUGUUCAAGAACCUUUAGUAUCCGCAAAUAUUGAUGGUAAGGUCAUUGAAAGUGAAAUCGAAACAAGUGAUAAUGAAACUACUAGAGAGUCUGCAACUAUUUAUGAUUCAGAUUCUAGUAGUGAACAGACAGACACUGAAAUGACUACAGAUGUAAAUACAAUAUUAAAGGAAACUUCUAAUAUCACUGUAUCAUCAAAAGAUCCAAUGAUGACAACUAUACAAAGACUUGCUGCUCAACUUCAAAGUAUAAAAUCACGUGAUGGAUGUACAUCCGAAAAUUCUGCAAAAGUGCAAACUGAUACUGAUAAAACGUCCGCGUCUGCAUCUAUACCAAAACCUCCAAAUGUUGUACCUAUUGCAAGUAUUAAACAUUUCUUAGAGAAACAAGAUAAAAAAAUGUAUGAGUCCAUAAAACAAAUCACAAGUACUGACAAUGAACCAAAAGGUUUCCUCAGAUUUAGACGCUUGAGCGGUGAUAUGCUCUCUGUGCCGACUCAGCCUUCAGAAAAUCAAGAAGAUACUAUAUCUUUAACUGGUACUGGUAGCCAAUCUGAUACUCCAGUGGAUAUAUUACAAACAGAUACAGAAGAGGAAUGUUCAUUUUUAAAAAUUGAGAAUGUAGUUAGUCUUGCACCAUACACUGAAAGUGUCAGAAAUGAAAAUACGAUUAUAAAUGAUAUCAGAAAAGCUGUUGAAACUUCACCAAUUAAGCGUAAAGCAGUUUCAUUACUAAAAAAGGCUACUCAACCACUUAUUUUAAAAAGAAUUAAUUCUGUAACUAUAAGACAGCCAAUUCCAAAAAAAAGUACUGCUCAAGAAUCUGUACAAUUAAUACCAGUCCAAUCAUUGACACCUACAUCAUCACAUACUACCAAUUAUGUACCAAUUGUUCCAAAAUCAAAGAUAAUUCAAAUAGAACAUAAUAAAUUACCAUUUCAAGUUUCCGUUGGUAAAAAUACUAAUAUUGCACCAGUAACUGCACAUAAUAUUACAGGCUCAAAAUCUGCAUCUCUUACAAAUCUAAAUUAUAAAAUCCUGAAAGUAGUUAGAACAUCACCUCUUCUUAAAGCAAAGGAUUUAACAUCACAAUCAAUAAUAAGUAAAUUGAAAUCUUCUGAUGUUUAUGCUGCUAUGUUAAAACCUCCAAAGCUUAGUCAGUUAUAUAAGUGUAUGGGUCGAGAUUGUUCCUUUACAACAGAUUCUGCUACUUCAUUUUGUCAACAUUAUGCUCAGCAUGAUAUGUGCGUUAGUAAGAAGAAAGAUAAUUCUUCGUAUGAUUAUCAAAAAUGUGCCUAUUGUUUUAUGGUGCUGAGUGAUUGGACACAAAUGCAACAGCACAUGGAAGAGAAACAUGCACAUUGUCGUUAUCAAUGUAAUUGCUGUUUUUAUAGAGCAAUUGCACCAUCUUAUGUACAAAUUCAUCAGGCAGUAUCUCAUGCAGGAAACCAUGCUGGCAUUUUGCUGGGUAAAUUAAUAAGGGAGCUUCCAAUAAAAGAAGAUUAUAAUCGCCAUGAUUAUAUACAACCAUUCGUAUGUCAACAUGAGUGUGGAAAGGUUUUUUACAUACCAGAAACAUUCGUAUCUCAUUUGAAGACAAAGCAUUCAAUUACUCUAUCUAUUUACAAGUGUCAUCUAUGUUCCGCAUCAUGCUUAAAAGCAGAGCAACUCAUAGCACACUACAAAAUUCAUGGGAUUUUUAAAUAUCAAUGCUUAUACUGUUUAAAUGGUGCAGACUCAUUUAGUGAUAUGCUCACCCAUUUAAGCCUAUUUCAUUGUAACAGAUUACCACAAAUUCUUGAACGUUCUGUACCAGCACAGACAAUGAGAACUCAAGACGUAAUAAAUCAACUUUUAAUAAGAACCUUAGACAUAAAAACAUCAAGUGAAGUGAUAGAUGCAAAGAAUGAAUUAGAAAAUAAACAGGAAAAAGAUCUCGAAUGUUUAUCUUCCACUUCUUCUCAAUCAGUGGAAGAAAUUUCUAUAUUGGAUGAAAAAACAAAUGAUACAUCAGAUAAAAAGUUGGUUAAUAUAUUUUCAACAUGUAGUAGUAAUGAAAGCAAUUCUUCAUCUUUUAAAAUGUUUUCUAAAUCUUGUAGAAAUAAUUCCUUAGACGCAAUGCACAAUUCUAAUAGCUGUAAAGAUCUUGAGUGUGAAGAUAGUACAUCUGAAAUAUUGACUUUAUCACAAAGUUGUGUUCUUGAAAAUAAUCAACCAGAUGAAUCUUCUAUUUCCAAGAUCAUAGCAUCCGAAAAAAGUUGUACUCAAGAAGGAAAUUAUCAUACUUCAAAACACAUUCUUCAUGAACCUGAAUUGCAAUUAUUAUCUGGUGUGGAUGGAGAUAUAAGUGCAGUAGAUCCAUUGCGAUUAACAAGUACAUUAGAUUGCUCAGAUGAAUACGUCAAUAUUAAUGUUUUAGACAAUCCUAAUUUUGUGAAAAAUAUAUCUGACAACAGCAACUCACCUACUAGUAAGAAAUCCAUAAUUAAUGAAAGCAAGACAGAUGAUAGUGAUAUAGAAAUAUUAGAGCACAUUGAAAUUUCUAAAGAUAAUACCAAAAACAAUACUAAAAACAAAGAAGACAAAUUAAACCAAAAAAGCGAUAAAGAUAUCAAAGAAACGUCAAAUGCAGAUUCUGUUGAAAGUAACGCCGAAAAGCAACAAGUAGAUGCAGCUCAUACUAGUGUAGAAGCCUCUAAUCCUGCUUCAAAGACACGUGAUAAAUCAGAAAAACCUUUGACUUUGGAAGAUAUCAAGGAUACAGGUUUUACAGGAAAUCAAUUGUAUAAAUGUGGUUAUGAGAAUUGUGAUUACAAUGCUUUAAAUGCAGCUAUACUUCGAAUACAUAUUAAAAAGUGUACUCAUAGAACACAUGAUAAGAAUUUAAAUUGUACACAUUGUGGCAAACGUUUUGUGAAAAUUGGCUUUUUACUUGAGCAUUUAAAAUUACAUGGAUUAAAACGUUUUGGUUGCUCACUAUGUAAAGCACGGUGUACUGUUUCCUAUCAAGCUAUGGCUCAUAUGAGAACAAAACAUAAAAUUCAGUACAGUAAAGUAAUUCCCGCCGAUCCAGAAAAUCCUUCAGCUGAUGGUCUCUUUAUCGUGCAACCUAUACGUCCGAGCAAUGGAGAACGAAAAGGUAAAAAACGGAGAACAGCCAAGAUAUUAGAAAAGGAAGCCGAAAAAACAAGUGAUGUUGAAAAAUUAAGUUUUGGUCCUGAUGAAAUAGAAUUAUUGCCUCGUCAAGCGAUAUAUAAUCGCGAAGUACAAUGUGCUGUUUGCCCUUAUACUACCAAAGUUAGGACAAAUAUUAUUAGACAUCUGCAACUUCAUGCUAAAGAUGAAACUGUACCAGAGAUUGGCCCAGUCAAUCCAGUACCUUGCUUGGAUAAAAAAGAGAGAAUGUUUGACAAAAUGGUUAAUCUUGCAAGUAGUUCUCAUCAAAAUGGUCGAAUGGGAGGAAAACCUAAGGAUUCUGCAAAAGAUAAUGAUGAGAAUUUUAUACCUAAAUUUGUACCAGAACAUAAAAGAUAUGUAUGUAGUGUAGCAGAAUGUAAUUAUCUUACUGUCGACGAAGCUAUGUUACGAUAUCAUUUAAAAGCAUUGCAUUCGGAUGAACAAUAUUUCCGUUGCCCACAUUGUCCGCAGCCACCUCCGGGCCAAGAAGGACAAAAUAUAGCAAUAGAUAAAAUGGGAGUUCACUUAAAAAUGCAUGAUACCAGACUUUAUAAAUGUUCUCAUUGUAAUCAUCAUCACUUCCAUAGACAUAUCAUAGAAAGACAUCUUUCUGAUAAACAUCCGGAGAAGAGACCAUUUGUUAAAGUAAUUAGAGAAUUAGAAAGUACAGAAAAUAUUCAACAACCGACUCAAGAUGAAGUGGAAGAAGAGAUUCCAGAUCCAAAUGGUAACCAUUGGAAAUGUAACAUUUGUGAAUAUAAAUGUGUUUACAAAGCAGAGAUGAUCACUCAUGCGUCUGCAAGCCAUGACGAUAAGAACCAAUUCAAAUGUACUGCCUGCUCUUUCAAAACUAGUGUAAAAGUACUUCUUGAACAACAUAUUGCCAGUAAACAUUCAGGUGAUCCAAAUGCUGAUUAUAUCAUGGCUUACCAGAAGAUAAAAGGUGUAAGUAAAAAAUCUACUGGCGAUUCUACUGAACAAGGGGGACAAGAUGAGCCAUUUGAUACUACUCCUCUUUGGAGAAGAGAUAUGCCACGAGUGAGACAUAUCCGUGGUAUCCUUUUAGAAGAUGAAGAAAUAGGAACCGAAACGUCGUCUAUCAAAGCAGGAAAAAGAAAAAGUGAUACAGAUUUAGUUUCUGCAAGACCAGCCAAAAUUAAACAUGGCAAAUCAGUUUCUCUCGAUGAAAACAAACAUUGUAAAGAAAAAUCAAAACGUUCGCUAUCAUGCGAGAAAAUUUCAAUUGAGAUGAAUAAUUCUAAUGGAAUUGAAAAUAAUACACCAAAGGGAACUAUCGCGAAUAACAAUAAUACUUCACUUGAGACAACGCCAAAGGCCAAUUCAUCUAUUGAAAUCAAUGAUUUUAAUGAAUCAGAUGUAGAAAGAUUUGGACCUUAUGGGAAACCUAUGGGUAAUCUGUAUGUCUGUACAUUAUGUGAUCAAUAUAAAACGAAGUACAAGCACGAUAUGCGAGAUCACCUUUACAGAGAAUUAAAUUAUGCAAGAUGGCACUGCAAGGAUUGUGGAUUUUUGUCGGUAAAUCGUAAUGCUUUAUUAAAGCAUUUUGCCAAAUAUCAUAAUGGAGAACGAACGGAUCAUGCUCCUCUUUCUCCAGAUAAUGCUAUUGAAAAUUGGGUCAGUACUUUGCUCAAGACACAAACUGAUAUAAUGAAAGGAUUGUUAAAACAAGAUAAUAAGGAUAACACAAGUUUGCAGUCUAAUACAACAGACACAGUUUUGUCAGAAUCAACAAAGAAUAAGUCUCCUGUUAUUAAAACGGAUCGUAAUGUCAUAGAUAUCAAUAAAGAUGUUCAAAUUAUAAAAAAUGUGAUUUUGGAUAAGAAGAAGAUACGCCAUGACAUCAUUAACAAAAAUAAAAAUAUAGAUAUAAAUAAUGAUGAUGAUAAGGAUGAUGAUGAUGAUGAUAGUGAUAGUAACAAGAAUCUUGUUAUUGCUACCAACGAUGACGAUGAAUCUUGCCAAGAAAAAGAUGAAGAAAUUUUACAAGCAAAUAGAAGUACAGAUUUAUCGAAGAAAGAUGCAGACAAACCUCUGACCUGUAAGCAUUGCAAAAUGAAAUUUGCUAGAUGGCGUGGAUUAAAAUUACACGUGCAAAUAACGCAUUUAAAACGUCUUGGAUUCCUAUGUCCUUAUUGCGAUCGUAGCACUAAUUCCGAAAGCUUGAUGCGUCAACAUAUUCGUUCAAAACAUUCUGGUUGCGUUGAGAAAUUAAUUAGUAAUCCUCAUGCUGGAGGUCCAGAAUUAAGCGAUGAAUUCUGGGAGAAGGAAUAUGGUAUUGUUAGUCCAAAAAAACGUAUUAGAAAAAAAAGAGGAAGGGGAAAUGAUCUAUCUAUUAAAACCGAUCGUAAUCGUAUGUCACGUGAAAUGCAAACAGUUUGUAAACAAUGUGGUUUUACUGCUAUGAGUCAUACUGGACUGAGAGCACAUCUAAGAAUACAUGUAUCGAACAAUGCUAUUAAGUGCCAACAAUGCAAUUUUAGUAGUUCUAUAAAAGCAGAACUUCGAGAACAUUGGGAGCUUAAUCAUUCUCAUCUACCAUUUAAAUUGUCGGACAAUGUAUCUAUAAAGGAUAUUGAAUCUACCAGUGCUGAUAUGAGAAAAGAGAAAUCUAAAAAAGAUACAGAAGGCUGCAAUACAAAAGAUGGAUAUUGUACAAAUAACUAUGGUUCAAAGGAAAAGAAAUUCUCUUGCUACUAUUGCAAAAUGCAAAGUAGUUCUAUAGAGAUACUACGAAAACAUUGGAGUUCAAAUCAUCAAACUUCGACAAUAGAUGAAUUAGAAGGAACGACGAUAGAUCUUCCAUUUAAAUAUAAAGAAAUACACACACCACCAGUUUCGUCUGUAAAAAAUACAGAAGACACCGACGACGUUGAUAUGACUGUUCAAAAGGUGAAUAAUUGCAAAAUUAAAGGAUGGGUUUGUCAGUGGUGCGAUGAGCUAUGUUACUCUGAAAGCGCUAUGAAAACUCAUCAAAACAUGUUUCACUCUCAUCUACCAUUUCAUUUCAAAACGGAUAGUGGAGAAGAAUUACAUAAAAUAUACGUUUGUCCAAUAUGUUCUUUCACAACGAUUUUUAUCAAUGACAUGAGAAAACAUGCGUCCAAACACAUCAAUCUUUUUAAAUGUAAACAUUGUGAUAAAACCUUUAAUAAUCCAAGUCAAGUUGAAACGCAUAAUAAUAAAGAACAUCCACAAUUACAUGUAAAAAUAGAAAGUAUAACAAAUUAUAAAGAUAUGUUAGAGAACAUAAUGGAAAGAGUUUUAUGGAAUAGUAUGAGUGGAACAGAAGUAAAAGAAGAAAUGAAACAAGAGAAAAGAUUAUUAAAACCAAAAUUAAAAAAUCGAGCAGUUGCCAGAAAAUCUACUGCCAAAUCAACUAUACGUGCGCGUAGUAGUCCAUACAAAGUAAAAGCUGUUGCUCGAAAAUCCAUAAAUCCGUUACCAAGAUAUCCUCCUGGUACUAAUUUAUUAAUUAAUAAUUGUAAAAAUGAAGAUAAUUCUAACAAAACUACAUUUAAUCAAUUCUCGUUUUAUGGAAUUCCAUCAAGACCUAUUAAUUUAGGACAAUUAAGUACAUACAUGGUAGUUGGAGGUCAUAGAAUGAAAGUAAAUUGUACUACUCUUGCUCAGCUGAUAAAUAUUAAUCCACAUAUAAAACUUAAAGAUAUUAAGAAUGAUGUAAAGUAUGUUUCAAUUUUUUCAAAAACAAAACAGUGAAAUUUAUUAAACAAAUCAUUACAUUGACUGUUAAGUAACUCUAUAUACAGCGUAGCACAGCACGUAGCAAGAAUCUCAAGUAGUAAUUUGACUUAUAAUCUAUGUAUUAAAUAAGUAGAUGUGUCGGCUUUUAUUAUAUAUAAUAGUAUUGAUAUAACUUCAAUAAUAUUUAUGCAAAAAUUUGUAUUUCUUUUAAUUAGUAACUUCGUUUAAUAUUUAGAUAAAUACUUAAAAUAAAAGUAGUAGGUUACCCUAAAAGUUUUUUCGGUUUUAAACACUGCCAGGUUAAAGCAGUUGCGUACGAAUAGCGAAAAAAACUUUUGAAACAACCUAAUAUUAUAAUAUCUAAGUAGAUUUAUUUUUUUAUUAGGCAUUACAUUUAUUUGUAAUAUUCCGUUAAAAUAUUAUUAUUUAUUAAUAAAUUGUAUUAUUUUUAUUGUUUACUUAUAUUGUGCAUAACAAGACAAAUGUUUGUUGUUUGUUUAACAACAAGUUUCUUAUACAAUAUACAAGUAUCAAUGCUAAAUAAGUAUUCUAUAAGAACGGUAGUAAUAAAAAAUACAUUGUAUCACUAAAUGGAAAGUCUUAUCAAAUAAUUACAUAAGAUUUCUCAGUAUAAAUAUUUUGAUAUGAAAUAAUGAUUUUUCAGUACUAUAAUUAUAUUUAGAUUACAACUUUAUGAUGGCAAAUAAUUUUCAAAAAGUAAAAUCUUAGAAGAUUUCUUAGAAAUUUUGUUGAGAAUAAUUUGUUAUUUAUCUUGUAUAGGAUAAUAGGAUAAUAAGAUAUCGUAAUUAUACUAGUACCGUAAUUAUACUUGUUCUGUGUAAAUAGUCAAUAUAUUCAUUGUAUACAAAUAGAAAUAGUAGUAUAAUUGUAUUGGAUGUGUAUUAUCUAAUGAUACCUUUUUUCUGACACUAUUACAAAAUCAAUAGAAAAAUUAAUCGGCAAAUAACAAAUCCUUCAAAAAAAAAAAGAAAUUGAAAAUGAUCCUACUGUAUAAAAAAUAAGACUGAGAGGUAUCUUAAACAUUAGAUCAUCUAUGAUUAACAUUAUUGUAAAUAUUAUGUAUUAUAAAUGUCAAAUAAAUAUUUUUAAUUUUUAUAAUUUAAUAAAUUUUUAAUAAGAGUAUAAUAA